CGAGUGUUCCACUUCAAAAUGGUCUCUAUGUCUUCCAUAUACUCCUCAUUCCAAGAUUUCUCUCCUCUUAUCUCUCUUUAAUUUUAUUUUUCCUCCAUGAAAUUUCUAUAAAUUUCAUGUCAUUUUUGAAUGCCAUGGAUUUCAGUAUGUCAAAUUUCAGUGAAAACCCCAAUAACAACCACAAGAUUCACGAAUCUUGGUUCUUGAAUCAGAAAAGAUCAGACCCAGACCCACAUCUUGAUCAACGACCCAUCAAAAGUUCCCGACCCGACCCAUACAACACGACAAUGUCAAUGUCCAUGAGACCUUCUUUCAAGAAUGAAAACCAGAUGUCGCUGUUGUCUUCCUAUCAGACACCACCUGCUUACAUUGAAAAUGGAGGACCCUUUACACCUUCUCAAUGGAUGGAGCUCGAACACCAAGCUUUGAUCUACAAAUAUCUUGUCGCGAAUGUCCCUGUUCCUUCGCUUUUGAUCAAUCACAUCAAGAAAUCACUCGACCCGUUUGUGUUUUCCGGGUCGUCUUCAACCUCAAAUGCACCCAGUUUAUAUGAAUGGGGAGGUUUCCGGUUAGGUUUUCCGGCGAACAAUGAUCCAGAACCAGGGAGGUGCCGGAGAACAGACGGGAAGAAAUGGCGGUGCUCGAAAGAAGCUGUACCUGAUCAGAAAUACUGUGAAAAACAUAUCAAUAGAGGUCGUCAUCGUUCAAGAAAGCUUGUGGAAGGCAACAAUGGUGCUCCGGCGACUGACGGUGGCGGUGGAGAUGGCGUCAACAACCAGUUCAAGAACUUGCAAUUACAACCCCAGAAUGCUUCCAUGAACAGGCCGGAAGAACAUAAACCGCAGUGGAGCACCCAACUGACGAUGUCCAUGGAUUCUUCUUCGGAUUUCUCAUCAUCUUCAAAUUCGAUUCCAGAUUCAUGGAAGAAUUCAAUGGGUGGUCCAUUAGGGGAAGCUUUGAAAACAUCUAAUGGGGGAAACAGUAAUCGUCAUUCAUGGUGUUCGUAUUCACCCACCGGAGUCUUUUCACGUUCAAAUAGCAGCUCCGGUAGCAGUCCGAGAGGUAACCAGGAGGAGGGUGGCGGCGAUGAAAUGCUGUUGUUGACACAUGCAGUGACUUCAGCUUCUUUUCAAUCGUCCAAGUAA